UAAAACUACACUCCAACUAAAUAAAUUAUUAAAUAAUAAAAUAAUCAGUUAAUUAAUUUAGAAUAUAAGACAGUGGGCAGCCUGGCGGGAGCUUUCGUUGUUCUUAUCCUUCCUAGUUUCCAAAUAACCUGCCCUGCCCUGCCCCUGCCCUGCCCGUCAACUUUUGGACUCGAUUCUCCCUUCAUCGGUGUUUUGAGCUCCGGCGGAGGUUUGUUUGGAUGCUGUCUGCAGCGCAACGAGUUAUUCAUCGACUCCUACACUCCUUGUUCGUUCAUAUCGUGUGUAGAUAAUUAGGAUGUUCAAGAGAAAGGCAAGCUACCUUCAAGUAUACUUCUCAGGAACUUGAAAAUUCUUAGCCCUAAUCCUUCUAAUUAUCUUAUCUCUAUCACUGGCCAAGUGCACUUUGAGGGGAUGUGUGGGGAGAAUAUGAUCACAGCACCAGUUCAUUCAAAAAGGCCAGAUGAUUUUAUUGGGAAUGUAGAAAGGGCUAAAACUGUAUUCUCGAAGUAUUACGAGUACUUACCUUAUAAUCGUCAAGUAAAGGAGAGCAUUGUUAGUAUCUUGUAUUCACGCGAAGCGGGAGCAAGAAAGAAUCAAUGCUUCUAUACGAGGUCUCUCUGCGCAGCUAAAGUUGGCUCGUGUGUGCAGCCAAUCAUACAUCCCAUUACUUGUGAAAAUCAGAUGGCAUCAAUGGAAGAAAAGAGGCUUCGACCGAGACAAUUUGAGUAUCACCCCUCAGAUUCUGGAUUAAUGGCUGUUGGAACUCUUGACGGCGAAGUAGUAGUUCUCAAUCAUGAAACAGGAAGUAUUCUCUCUUGCAUUUCCCCUCAGUGGGAACUGAGCGGUAUUCUCGGCUUGUGCUGGCUCAAACGACAACCCUCCAAGCUGCUGGUGGGCUCCGACAAUGGUUCUUUGAGAUUGUACGACAUCAAUAGGUUCGAGUCAAAAUUUGAAGAUGACUACUGCUGCCACUCUACUGUGAUCUUCGAUGAUUUCGAGCAGCUAACCUCAGUCCAUGUCAAUGCAACCGAGGAUCAAUGUCUAACCAGUGGUUACUCCAAGAAAGUUGCCAUAUAUGAUAUCUGCACAGGCCAACAACUGCAUAUGUUCGAGGAUAUGCACCGCGAACCAAUAAAUGUAGCCAAGUUUUCGAAUCAUUCCCCAGCCCUUUUCGUGACUUCCUCAUUCGACAGGGACAUAAAGAUGUGGGAUUCAAGACAGAAGCCUAUGCAAGCUUGCUACACAGCUUCGAGCUCCAGAGGAAACGUGAUGGCCGUCUUUUCUCCUGAUGAUCUUUAUCUAUUAGUCUCCGCUGUUGAUAAUGAGGUGAAGCAACUUCACGCAGCAGACGGGAGGCUUCACACGGAUUUUGGAAUCGUAUCAAUGGGAAGCUCUCAUAACUACACUCGAUCGUACUACAUGAACGGGAGAGAUUAUAUCAUCAGUGGAAGCUCCGAAGAACCAACCAUUCGCAUAUGUUGCGCCCAAACCGGAAGAAGACUAAGAGACAUAUCGUUGAAGAAUACUGGACUUGGAAGCUCAGUUUUCGUGCAAUCGUUGAGAAGCGACCCAUUCAGACAUUUCCACAUGGCCGUCUUGGCAGCCUACAACCGACGAGUUUCCAAAAUCAUGAAGGUUAACUUGCUUUCUUCGCGCCUCGGUUCUGAAGCAAGCCGAGAAGAGAUGAACACGGCUCGACCUUCUUACGGUAUGGGUGGUUGAUAAUGUACAGCCGCGAUACGUAAGUUUACAGACAAUUCUCUUGGCAACUGUAUAAACAGUGAUUAAUUUUGGACAACAUUGAGCAACAAAGUAAGAAUACCACAUGAGAUUAGGCUAAAACAUCUGAUGCUUCAUAAUUCAAGGUUGUCAUGAAAUACAAUUCUUAGACAGAAUCACAGCCUGACUGAUUAGUGCAAAAUCAACAGGACAAUGGCUUAGCUAAUUUCUUACUUCUUCCCAUAUCUAACAGUUAGUUACAUACAUUUGUUCAUACCUCAGGCAGAAGAACACUUCUCCAAAGAAGACAGGACGCGAAUUCUUCGUUGUUCAUCGGCGUGCAAUGCAACCACGAAGACAAGGUGCCUUCUAACAAUGCCCUGUAAUACCAUUAUUUUGCUAGAGAUGUAGUUUCACGACGCCCUCGAUCGUUCAGAUUCCCAGCGCAGUCCGGACAUUGCCAGCCAACCCGGAGAACGGGAUUCCCCUCAAAACUAGAUACACAACGAAGCAUAUGUACGCAGCCGUGAGAAUCAAAAUAACCGCGGUAAACACCACGCCGCUGACUUCAGACGAGAAGAAAUCCACCAUAAGGUAUCCGUUGAUUCCGAUCAACAGCACGGCUACGAUCCAAGACACCGUCUACAGAGCAGAAACGACCACAAUGUCAGUAAUUAAUGAAUGCCCGAAAGGAAAAUGUUCGGAGAAUCCAAACUACCUGAAGCACCGGGCCAAUCUUGAAGACCCCCAUGACCUCACUCUUCGACACCAGGUAAAGAAGAGGAACCAACGCAAACGGGAUCUGUAUCGACUGCAGAACAUUAAGCCAUUCGUUCAGAACAUCCAACGACCCCUCGGACGUAUCAAAAACAAGCGCGACCAUGAGAGUCGGGAUAAUCGCAAAGCUCCUGGUUAUCAAUGCCCUCAGCCAUUUCUUCAACCUCAGGUCGAGAAACCCUCCCAUGAUAAACUGGCCGGCAUAAGUGCCCGUGAUUGUACUGCUCUGUCCGGCCGCCAACAACCCAAUCGCCCAAAUGUACAAUAUCGGGAGCAGCCCUCCACCGUACUUUUCUUCGAGGAACUGCCCCGCGUUGAUCAGGCCUAUGCUCUUCGCCUGCUCGGUGCCAUAGAA